UUGUCUGUACUAUUAUUGAUCCAUGCCCUUUUGGCCUUGUGUCACUUAUCUAAUAGACUAGCCACUGGUAGUUUGGGACCAUUAGAUAAUGGAGAUGACGACGGAUACUGCUAUGAUGAGUCCUGCUCAAGGAGAGAUAGCGUGAAGCAGGAGAAGAGAGAUGUCAAGACUAGAGGGAGGACAGGUUUAUCCGGUAUACUUAGUAACGCUUAUGAUAUCGUUGCAUCAGUCGGUGAAGCAGCAAUAAAUACAGUGCAUAAACUCUCUAGCGAAGUACUGGAAGAUAUUGGUGAUAUUGUAAAGACUGUAAUUAAUGAAGAGGCAUUGAAUGCCAUAAUAAGUGCUGGUAAUGGUGCUCUUAGUCUGAUCUUUGACUCAAAUAAAGCAGUUACUGGAUUUGGUUCAACAGUUCUAUCAGUAUCAAUACUAGUGGGAGUUAUCUUUAUAAAUUAUUUACUGGCAUCUUAUUUUUCAUUGCUCAGUAUAUUAAUAUUAGAUGCUGGUAUAAUACUACUUCAUGGAAUGUUUGGACCACUCCAACUAGCUAAAUGGUUUAUUACUGGCUGCAGUCAUAUAUCCCAAGGACUGAUAUACAUCAUCUAUUAUCCUUACUUUUCAGCUAUAGUGCUCAUGCUUUUGUUUAUAUUCAGUUGCUGUUGUUGGCCGUAUUUGAGACGCCAGUCGAGAUAUCUCAGGAACUCAUCAGACACUGUAUUUGUGAUUGAAGCUCAACUGGAGAGGCUCGAGGCUCAUCUUGCAAGACUAGAGACAGAGAGGAAGGAAAGAGAUAAAGAAAUAAAAGCUCAACUUGAUAGAAUAGAGAGAAUAUUAGAGAAAAAUAAUACUUGCACUGCUACUUUACAUGAGCAAUGAUUUUAUUUUUAUUCUACAUGUACAUUUUAACAUAGAUAUACUACCACGUUGUAUCACGUGGACAACCACUUUACUUUAAACACACCUACCUACUCCACCCACCAAAUUACAUGUGAAUGCCUGUAACGCCAUAUUUCCUUCAGUAAAUCCUUCAUAAAUAUCUAGCAUGAGUUCUAGCACUAGUGAAUACCAUCAGAUUACAGCAUCUUCCCAAAAAGUUAUAUUGAAUGGUAAUGGAGUCCCUCAUACUUUACAUCAGUUAGAAGUAUCAGUUUAUUCAAGUAAUUGUUAUGACACUGACUCUACUGAUGGGAGUGGAAAGGUUCGUGUUAAAACUAUUACUAACCAGAAUUGGGAGCCUAAACGUUUCCGUGGUAACAUUGUCGCUAGCAACAGCCAGUACUUGGCCUAUGUCCUAGCCAGUAGAAGUGGUUAUGUCAUUAGACUCAUUCACCUUCAGACGAAUGACAGAGCAUUGUUGAAGAAGUUCAAUGGAGAGAUAUUGGACAUAUCAUUUGCACAUAAUCAUUCAAAUUUAUUAGGAGUGAUCGAUGAGGCUGGUAAUUUGUACGUGUAUGAUAUUGACAAAACAAAUGGAGAUAUUAAUAAAAUAAAUGAUUGUUUGAAGCUACACAUAUUCAAUGGUGUUAUACCUGAUGGUAAGACUCAUUUGUUGGUGUGGGCCCCGUACAUACAGACACAGCAGGACAGUGGAGAUGAUGAUAAUGUCAUGAUUGCAGUUUCACAUGAUUCCAGAGUUGAAGUGUUUGACCUACCAGAGAUUGCUCAAAGAUAUUCCUCUGGUAUUGCAUUGGAUUUCAAUAAAAUGGAAAGAGGAACAACAUUUAUUAAAUCAGCACAUACUAAGUCAAUCACUGAUAUGUCGUUCUCACCUGAUGGUAAUGUACUAGCUACUUGUAGUGACGAUGGAUAUUUAAAGUUUUGGCAAUUAAAUCAAGAGAACGGUGAAACAGUGACAUGCCUUCAUGAACAUCAACCUGAUGAAGGCGAACCAGUAACUAGACUUAUGUUUAUGGACAAUCUUGUACUACCAGACACUGAUGCCCAGUUUUGGCGGUUCCUUGUGACAGGUUCCCGUAGUAACAGUGUUAUUAAGAUAUGGUGCACUGUCAAUUGGAAGCCAUUGCACACAAUAAGGUUUUAUCCUCCAUUUGGUACUGAUGAGGACAGUCCAAAUAUUUCAAUGAACAUUGACUCCACUGCCUCAUACAUAACAAUGGCUGACUCACUACGUAAUGUGUUAUAUGUGCUACAGUUACAUCAAGAUCCUGUAAAUGGAGUUGCUUCCUUCUCCUCAAUUACUGAAUAUUUAUUAACUCAACCAAUAUUGAGUUUUGUGUUAUCAGGCCACACCCCUUCAACCAGUAUUGAUGAUGCUCUUAGUACCAGUGAUACUGAUGAGUCUGAUGAUCAAGAACACUUCAAUCCGAAGAGGAACUCCGUAACACUUAAACUACACUGCAUUCAAACAAAGUCCAUGCAAGAGUUAUUGGUCUCUUUUGAUCCUCCUGAUGUCACUGGAAUACCACCACAAGACCCCCUACCAACAUUACCGGACUCCCUCACUGCAGCACAGGACCCCUUACCAUCAAUGCCAGACCCUAUUCCUCCACUAGAUACCAUUACUCCAUCAGUUGCUAGUAUAUUACCAUUAACUAUUGAUUCUACUCAAUUUGGUCCUGGUCAGUCAUCACCAGCUGUCAAGUUGUUGUCUCCAGUUUCAUUUUUAUCACUACCUUCGGACUCACGUCAACCUGAUCACGUCUUACGAUCACCGAGUGAUUUUGUUAGUUUCUCUUCUCCAGUAUCUAGUGGGAGUGGUCUGUUAGUGACCCCACCCACAAUAGAUAACGAAUUAAUAGCAAUUAGUUCCAGUGGUGCUAGUAACGAUUCUUUUCCGUCAGCACUGGUAGAGGGUGUGGCUAACGAGGGCGCUCCAUUACUAGAGGAGUCACUAGUUCAUGAAGAGGAAUGGCCAGUGAUAGAACAAGUACAAUCUAGUGAUGACUUAAGGAAACAUGCUUCCAAUAUAGUGUCAAUGGUGAUGGAUACAGCCCUAGCAACUGUUGCUGCUAUGAGAGAGGAGGAGGAAGAGGAAGAGGAGAGUACUGGAGAUGAGACUGAUGAUGAUGAUGAGGGGGAGGAGUCUGUAGGUGGAGCUAAAGAUGAUGAUGAGGUUCUUGUACAGAGUGAUGGAGUAAUGCAUUCAUUAAUCAAUAAAUUGGUAUUGCAACAACAAGAAAUGAAACAAGAAGCUGAUGAGAGAAUGACGCAGAUGAUGCUUGAGUUCAAAAAUGAAAUUGAGACUAUGAACAAAGAAAUGAUGAGUGCAAUGAAAGAACAACUUAAAGAAAAUAAUCAAAAGAUUGAGAAAUUAAUAAAAUCACAUGAAUUGAAGCGAAAUGACAGGAUAUCACAAUCAUUGACUCAAACUGUUCAGACAAGCAUUGCUGGUAGACUGGAAAAAUCUGUUAAGAAUGAAACAAAAAAUACAAUAAUACCAGUGAUACAGAAGUCUUUAUUAACAACACAAGAAGGUAUUAAUAGAUCAGUAAAUGAGCAACUCAUUGCUACCAAUACUGCCAUCAAUACUCACCUACACCAAAUACUACACACUGAGGGUCUUGUUCAAGCUAUUGCCAAUGCUAUUGCUGGAGUUAUGCCUCACAUAUUACCUGUUGUCAUGGAAACACUGUUUAAGAAUACAUUGCUUCCAUCAUUUGAGCGUUCCUGUCAAGCAAUGUUUAGACAGUUAGAUGAAGCUUUUCGGCAGGGCACUACUGAAUAUAUAUCCCAGCUUCAUGAUGUAACUGAUAGAUCUGAGGAUACAGCUGCUAUCAAUCAAAUGUCAACUUCUCUUCAAUCACUCAUUUCAUCAUUUAAUACAACCUCUUCUCCAAUCCUUCCUUUGAUUCAAGCAUCAUUACACACUGAACUCUCUCUUUUAUUGCCAAGGUUACAGGAUUCAGUUAAAGAAUCAGUUGCUAUAGUGAUUAAAGAUGAGUUGAUAAAUUUACUUGAAGAAAAAUCAGCUACCAACAAUCAACAGCACCAGGAUAAAUUAAUGCAGCUAAUAGAGUCUAAGGAAUAUGAUACUGCAUUUAACCUGGCACUCUCUACAUCAAAUCUCAGUUUAGUAAUGUUCCUCUGCCAUCAUGUUAGUCCAGAAGAAGUCUUUGAUAGCAAUAGCCAGUGUCCAUUGUCUCAACCAGUCCUGUUAUCAUUAAUACAGCAGAUAACUGUGGAUAUCAGUGAUGAUGUUGAACUAAAAAUAAAGUAUCUUGAACAAUCAGUACUAUCAUUGGAUCCACGUGAUGCAGUAACUAGUGCUCAUCUACCUACUGUAAUGAAAUUAUUAGCUGAACAAUUAAUUAAAACUGAAGAGAAGAUGAGGUCAGAAGGAUUAGGCUCAGCUAGUUUAUUUCGUACAAUGAAAACUGUUCGAAUGUUAUCAGAACAUGUAAGCAGUUCUUCAUCUGCUGGUAAACACUAGUAAUAUAAUACGUUAACUGACAUCAUUUUAAAUGUUUUGAUUAAUUAUUAGGCAGUAACUAUUUUUGACUUUUAAUGUUGAUUUAACAUUAUUAUUAUUAUUGUAUCAUGACAUUUAAACUUUCAAAAUGAUUUUCUUUCACUGAACCAUUUUACUUUUUGUAUUGAGUACUACUGACAUGUUGAUUAUAGCUUUUAAUGAUUUUAGUGAA